AUGUCUGACGAUUUAAUUUGGCAAGUUAUUAACCAGCAAUUUUGUUCAUAUAAGAUCAGAACUGAUAAAGGACAAACAUUUUGUAGAAAUGAAUACAAUGUUACUGGUCUAUGUACUAGGCAGUCCUGCCCAUUAGCCAAUUCCAAAUAUGCAACUGUUAAAAGUGUAAAUGGUAGACUAUACCUAUAUAUGAAAACCGCCGAAAGAGCGCAUACACCUGCAAAAUUAUGGGAAAGAAUAAAAUUGUCAAAAAAUUAUUCAAAGGCAUUAAAGCAGAUAGAUCAGCAUUUAUUAUACUGGAAUAAAUUUUUAAUUCAUAAAUGUAAGCAAAGAUUGACCAAAUUAACACAGAUUGCUAUUACUGAAAGGCGUUUGGCACUAAGAGAAGACGAAAGACAUUACGUUGGAAUUGCUCCAAAGGUUAAAAGAAGAGAGGAAAAUAGGGAAAGAAAAGCUUUGGCUGCAGCUAAAAUUGAAAAAGCUAUUGAAAAAGAAUUAUUAGAUAGAUUAAAAAGUGGUGCAUACGGUGAUAAACCAUUGAAUGUUGAUGAAAAGAUUUGGAAAAAGAUUAUGGGUAAAUUGGACAAUGAAGAAGAAGAAGUGGAAGAGGAAUGGGAAGAAGAGGAAGAAGAAGAAAGUGAUGAUGGUGAAGUUGAAUAUAUUGAAGAUGAUGAUGAUGGGGAGAUGGUUGACAUGGAAGAUUUGGAAAAAUGGCUUGCUAAUUCAGACGGUGAAGAUAAUAACUCAGAUUCAGACUCCGAAGACGAUUCUGAAAGUGAUUCUGAAUCUAAGGGUGCUCCAAAGAGGAAACGUCCAAGAGUUGAGAUUGAAUACGAAGAGGAACGUGAGGUUCAACAACAAGCAGAAGAAAAUUAG